AAUUUAAUUUAGUUAUGUAAUAAUUCAAGUGCCAUCGUGUAGUGAAAUGAUAAUUGUUAAACAAGAUGCCUUCCUCGUUGCUAUUUGCCCUGAACACCGAAGGACGGAUUUAUGCACUUUCCACUUCUGGUUCAGUCUGGCGUGAAUUUUUAUAUCUGGGAUUAGAAUUCAAAAGACUUUCGGCUGUGCCGCAUUUUCUGUGGGCUGUGGGAGUCGAUAGACAGGUCUAUGUUCAUGUCCAUGGAUUGGAUGUACCUAUAAGAGUAAAGGAGGAGACUUAUGAAAAUGAGCGAUGGUUGCCCCUGGAAGGCUUCAGCAGUCGUCUGCUUCCAACCGAUAGGUACCAUUUCAGUUCUGUUGAUGGACUUGUUGAUCGCUCCAUUGAUCAAAUCCGUUUGCCUUCGAUGGCAUGGCAGUGGGAAGGAGAUUGGUAUAUUGAUACAACAUUAGAUGGACAACCUCUUGAACAUGAUGGUUGGACUUACGCAGUAGAUUUUCCAGCACAGUUUGGACCAAGAAAACAAUGGUCAUCGUGUGUUCGAAGAAGAAAGUGGUGCAGGAGAAGGAGAUACAGUGCUAUGGGUGCUUGGUGUGCUGUGGCACCUUUGCAUAGAGAUCCGACACAGGAGCCCUUUAUAGAUGUUUGCAUUGGUGGUACAGAAUUAGAAGGUGCUGCACCAGGAACUUUGCUCGUUUGGGCUGUCACUGCACAAGGAAGGGUAAUGUUCAGAAGUGGUGUAUCUGCUACUUUACCAGAAGGAAGACGAUGGACUUGUGUAGCUACACCAGCAGGUUCUGAGGCUACCAGAGUCAGCGUUGGCAGUACUGGACUGGUAUGGGCCGCUUUGUGGUCUGGAAGAGCUUUGGCCAGGGGCGGAGUUACAAGGGAUGCUCCCAUGGGUGAAACCUGGUUAGAAGUGAAACCUCCUGGUGAGGGUUUGAAAAUCACACAAGUAGCUGUUGGUUCAAAUUCUGUUUGGUGUUUGACCUCUGAUAAAAGAGUUUGGUUUCGAAAAGGAAUUUCUCCUGGUGGCGGUGAAGAGGGUGCUGUCGGGGCGGGAUGGGUCGAGAUGGUUGGCUCAAUGUCACAAAUAUCAGUCGCUAGUAACGAUCAGGUUUGGGGUAUCGGAAGCGAAGACAGAUGUCUGUAUUUUCGAUCUGGUGUAAGUGCUACAGAUGCAACUGGUAAAAAAUGGAGAUGUGUCCAGGCCAAACUUCCAAUGAGCAGAACACAGAGCAUGGCAUCUUUAGGUAAAAAUAAAACACUAGAAGAACCUCAUGAUAAUUUUCAUAUUGAAAGGCAAAAAGUAAUAUUCUUGCUUGCAAGCAAUAAUAGCAGACGUAGUGUUUCAGGAAGUCCUCGAGAUAAGAAACACCACAGCUUAAUGCAAUUGAAUAGGACCAACACCCUAGGUAGUACUCCUGAGCAACAUGCUGCAUUCUCAUUGCAAUUAAAUGAUCUCGAAGAGACUUCUCAUUCAGCACCUACUGAACAUUUAUUAUUACAUGAAAAUGUUGAAAAUCAAGAUAAACAAAAGUGUCAGACGAAUCAACAAACUAAUAAUAUCAGGAAAAAUACUGCUAGGCCAAGUUCAAUGGUUGAGGAAUUUUCUGUGACUGCAAAACAUUUUGAAACACAAUUGAAAAACCCACGAGCUUGGAGUCCUGUCAGAAGUGUUGGUUCAAUGGUUGGUACUGAAGCAAGUGCAGAUGCCGACGUGAGUGUCUUCGAUGCAGACUCUUGUGACACAAACAGUUAUGCAGGAGGAGUUCCAGGUGAUGAGGACGACUGGGCUUCUAUGUGUUGGGGCGAAGGCGGUGUCCAGGAGACUCCUGCAUGCUGGGAUGGAGUAGCUGCUGGAGCCUGCAUGGUUGAUCCUGCUCAUCUACCAAACUGGUUUAUGGAGUCGUCGUCUUCUCUUCCCCAAGUCGAGUUAACCCAACAGUGGCGCCUGGAUAUCUUAAACUCCUUAAAACAACUCAAUGCAACAGUUGAUUCCACUGAUCCCAAAUGGGAACAUUAUGAAAAUGCUGCUGAAGGAGGCUCCUGGACCAAAACUGGUGAAGCCAGGUGCUGCCUAAAAGAUGACAACAUGUUUGCUGACUGUUUGUUGGAGUUGGAGUGGUUUGGAGACAGCACUUUGGACAGUGGUAGUUUGACAAUACUGAAUGCUGAUGGAGCCACAACAAUGAUUCAAAUCAGUCUAUCGGAUGUUUGUUGUGUUUGGUGCUGCAGUGAAGCUGGUUCCCCGCGUAUUGCUUUGCAGGCUCCAAGAUCUUUGGGACAUGGAGCACCUUCAAAUAAACAUUCACCACCUCCUGUAGUCUUGCAGUUUUCGGGAGAUGCUGAUAUGGAAGACUGGCUUGCAUAUCUUACAUCAGUUUGUUGUCAAAUGAACGAAGCCAGUGGCGGUUCUGGUCCUCGAUCCUUGUGGCUGACGACCAGAUUGGGCGAUGUCUUCAACUUUGACCCGGAGCCCUUGGCCAAACAACAGAAGUCUCUGGCGGAGUCCCUUCGAGAACAAAGACUUGUACCAAAAUCUGUGGAAUCGGUGAAGAAGGAUCUAGACAAUAUGAAUAUUAAUGUUAAUGAAGCGUUGCUGAAGAGCGAACAGGAAGAUGGAAUGAUUAAAGCAAGUGAGGAAAAUAAAGAUACCAAAGAAACUCCUACCACAGAUCUUAAUGUGACCAAAGGGGCUCCCAGAUAUGCCAUCUGCGUUGAUCUCCAGGCAGUUGAUGCCCCUUACGAGAUGGAUUUGAAUGCCUCCUUUCCUGUUGGUACGGAACUUAGUGUUCACGGUAACGUUUUGGACGAAUCAGAAAGAUUUACAGUGGAUUUAAGAUGCCACGAAGUCGUCACGAUAAAGCACAAGGCUGAAAGACAGAUGAGAGACAUUCCAUUCCACCUAAGUGUUCGGUUUGCUGAAGACAUCCUAGUUUUAAAUUCAAUGAGAGACAACAAUUGGCUCGAAGAAGUUAGAUACGAAGACUUUCCAUUCUUCAAAGGCGGAGACUUCACUUUGAAUAUUAAAUGUGAAGAGAAGUGCUUUGUUAUAAGUGUCGAUACAAAAGUCUUUGCAAAGUAUGUGCAUAGACUUCCUCCGGAGAGUGUCAGCCGACUGAAGAUUGGGGGGACAGUGAGGCUGUUCAAGAUUACUUAUGAAACUAACGAGAUAAUCGUCCCAAUGCAAGAAAUGUUCUGUCGUCAAAUGGGUGGUCACCUGAGGCGUGUAGAGGCUGCCCCAGGACCCAAAGAUGCAACAGGACCACCUUUAGCUUGGGGAGUGGCAUACGAUCGAACACCCUGGAUUUACACUGGUGGAUGGGGUGGACAUUUUCUUAAAGGUCUCGAGCCUGGCACAGGUGGUGCCAUCAACCCCAUGUCUGAUACUCAGACUUAUUUUGUGUACGAGAACCAAAGGUGGAAUCCUCUCAGUGGAUUUACAGCAAAGGGGUUACCUACUGAUAGAUAUAUGUGGAGUGAUGUUACCGGAAAGUUAAAACGAUCGAAGGAGCAUACCAGAUUACCAUCUGUCCGAUGGCAAUGGGUGUCAGAUUGGCUCGUGGACCAUCAAUGGAGUGGUUGCUCUGACGGGACAACUCUUGAAAUGCUAACAUCUGGUGGAGGAGGCGUAGAUUCUGCAGGAUGGCGUUACGCUCCUGAUUUUCCAGCCAGGAGGUAUCAUCCUCAAAAAUCCUUUGCUGACUGUGUAAGACGUAGAAGGUGGUGUAGAAGAGCAAGACUUGUAUCUGCAAGUGGCCCCUGGAGGGAGCUCGGUGGAAGUGGUGAAGUCAAAGUGUUAGACGUAACAAUCAGAGUUAAUAAAAAGGAUGACUCGAUACACAUCUGGGCUGUGUCCGCAAAUGGUCAUGCUUUGUACAGGAGAGGGGUCACUAGGAGCACCCCAGGGGGUACCUCGUGGGAGCAUGUUGUAAGCGAGCAGCCACUCUGCGCCAUUACUUGUGACACCAAAUUAGCCGUAUGGGCUGCUGGUACUGAUGGAUGUGUUUAUCGAAGACAGGGUGCUGACACAAUAAAUCCUUUAGGCAGUACUUGGCAAGCACUAGAACCCCCAAAGGGAUCUCAUGUCAAAUCCUUAAGUGCAGGAGCUCCAUGGUGUAUUUGGGCUUUGGAUGCUCGGGGUGGACUUUUUGUUCGUUAUGGAAUCAGUAGAUAUCAAAAUCAAGCAGGGAAUGAAUGGAGAUCAGUGUCUGUGCAUGAGUUGGAAGAUAACUCCAAAGACAAUGGUGCAACUCCAGUAGGAUUCCGUAGUGUCAGUGUGGGAGCUGAGCACGACGUGUGGGGUGUCAUAGGUGCUGGGGUGCUCUGCAGACGAGUUGGAGUCUCCAUAGAGAAUCCUGCAGGGACCGGAUGGAAUGUAGGAGCUGCUGGAAAUUGGCAGCAUGUGUGCGCAAGAGGACUCAAAUAAUAGUAAGGAGAAACGGUAAUCGCCGAGCGGCAGUGGCAAUAUAAAAUCCACGUAGGUUCCACAUAUAUGUCAC